CGUACAGAUUGGCUGAGCAAGCUUAACGAAACUUGAGACAAGCCCUUCACACAAUCUCUUCCUUCUCCAUUAAAAAUUCUCUCAAGCUGAGAGCCCGAGACUGUCAAUGGCAGCUUAAAUAUCGAGGAGUUACAACUUAUUUGAAGGUCUGUGCCAUGGUGAUGAGUCUGGUGAGUGGUGACCACUUAUCCUCUCAAUCGCAGGCCUUCUCUUAGUGUUUGUGCGUUACAUUCUCUUUGCCUUUCUUCCCAGAGAGAAGUAACUCCGCAGAUUGUAUUUGCGCCCGCCACUGCUUCUCCUUUUCCUGUUUUAGAGAGAAUACGAGCACCCUAGAUCAUAUUCUUCUCUGUUCUGGCGGGUUGUUUUGUUUGGAAAUUGCAACUUGUAGUUUCGAGUACGAUUGGUCAUGGAUUCUCAGGUUAUGGUCGCUAUUGCUCUCUCCCUCGUCGGUGGAUUGAGCACGUCGAUGGGUGCACUUUUUGUAAUCAUUAGUCAGGCUCCCAAUCUGAAGAUGCUUGGGAUUUUACAGGGCUUUGCUGCAGGACUUAUGUUGAGCAUAUCCUUCUUAGACUUGGCACAUAAUGCUUUGAACUCCAUUGGCUUCUUGAAAGGAAAUCUUUGGUUCUUUGCCGGUGUUAUUUUCUUUGCUUUUGUUGCCAGCUUCAUCCCUGAACCAACAUUAGCUCCUAGUGUAGAUGUGAAAAGUAAAAAGAAAAAUGAUGAAAGGGGAAAGGAUCUAAUGAAAAAGCAUCACCGCCAAGUUUUAUUCAGUGGAAUUAUCACAGCAAUUGGCAUAAGCUUGCACAAUUUUCCAGAGGGAAUGGCAGUGUUCCUUGGAUCAAUCAAGGGACUCCGGGUUGGUCUUAACUUAGCAUUAGCUAUUGCUCUGCACAACAUCCCAGAGGGUGUGGCUGUAGCACUACCUAUCUAUUUUGCAACACAGAGCAAAUGGCAGGCAUUCAAACUGGCAACACUAUCUGGCUUUGCUGAACCACUUGGGGUGGUUAUUGUAGCAUACCUAUUCCCAAGCAGUCUUAGUCCUGAAAUUCUGGAGGGCUUGCUUGGAGCAGUUGGUGGAGUGAUGGCUUUUCUCACCUUGCAUGAGAUGUUGCCAUUGGCAUUUGAGUAUGCAGGACAUAAACAAGCUGUCAAAGCCGUUUUCUUUGGAAUGGCUUUCAUGUCUGCAAGCUUAUAUUUUCUUGAAAUGAGCUUACCUAAGGAGAUGAGCUUAUAGCUGUGAACUUGUUGACAAGGACUGAAGAACCUCUAUAUUCCAAGACAACCAACCUAAGCCCUUGACAUGCCCACCACUGCUUACUUGUUUUAGCGCAAAUCACCAUCAACUUUUUCUGAAGGCAGAUAUCAUCAUCGCUCAUCGAUAGAAUGGGAUGUACAUAUACUAAAAAAGGGGAAAGAAGAAAAAAAGGAAAGCAAAAAAGAGGUGCAGCUGUUAUAUUCUUCAAAAAUCUGGUGCUAAUUCUUUAUGACUGCCUAUUCAAAAUGUUAUUCACAUCAUUCUCUUAAUAAAGCCACUAGUGAGAAGUGUUUUUCCUUUAA